CACAGGGGUACUAUUUUCCCUCGUACUGCCAGUAACGUAAGAUGGACGGUGGUUCUACCGUUGUUCCACCCUCAAUUCUCAGUUGCAACGCUGCUCAAUCGAUCUCGCAUGAGAUGAAAUCAAGUAAGUCUUCAGUCCAGCAGAAACGAAGGGAAGACGACAGGACUGCAAUGGUUGCAACGAGCCAGAACGAUGGCUUAUUGUCGACGACGUUUCCAGAGACCAGUUCCUCCUUUACAACUCCUUCUUCUUCUUCUUCUUUGGAUUGGAGAAUCGAUUCGAAAUCCUCUGAACUGUAUGAUUCAUCCUUCAAUCUGCAACCAAGCAAUGCCAAGCGCAAGCUCCUGAAGAGGCGACUUUCCGAUUUAACCAUCGGCAAGUUAAAUGUCACGAAGAUCGCCGUUGUGGGAAGAGAAGAUGAGGUACAAGUCCUGAAGAAUUGCUUUGUUCGAAUGACUACGAGUAGUACUGCAUGUAGUACGACACGAAAAAGAAAGGAACUCAUCUUUAUCAAGGGAUACAGCGGCGUCGGCAAGUCGACGCUAGCCAAGACGAUUGAAAAGGAUGUUGUCGCGGCGUCAGGAAUCUACGUCGAAGGAAAAUUCGAUUUGUACCGUACCCACGAACCCUAUUCGGCCAUUACACAAGCCUUUGGAAGGAUCUGCCGGGCGUUGGUACACAAUCGCCCGCCCCAGGUCAUGCAACGAAUUGGGGAUGCCCUGUCACAAGUGCUCGGUGACGAAGUCCAGUCGUUAAUAUACCUCGUCCCAGAGCUGCAAGACAUUGUUCCGAUUGUCACCUCCAAGGCUCUCGAUGUGGACGACGCCGAAGCCUUGUUUGGCGCGGGACAAGAGAAAUGGAAGUACCUCUUUCGCGUCUUGACACGGGUACUCACUGCGCAAUUCUCCUCCUCCUCUUCGGUCAUGGUUCUCGUCUUGGAUGAUUUGCAAUGGGCCGAUCACAAGUCGUUGGAGGUCAUUGAUUACUUGAUAUCCGAUCAUCAAAAUCAGAACGCACUGGCCAUUGUGGGAUGCUUCCGGUCCUUCGAGGUCGACCAAGACCACAUGCUCGCCAAAAGCAUCCACGGUCUCAAGGCCAAACAGGAAGCGGGCGGUUUCGUCAUUACCACCAUUGAGCUGCAGAGUCUUCAAGUCAACGACACAAACCGAAUGGUCAUGUCCAUCCUGGACACGGACGAUCCAGAAAAGACACGAGGUUUGGCACAAGUGUGCUUCAAGCGAACACACGGAAAUCCAUUUUUCCUUAUUGAAUUCAUCAAGAACCUCGAACGACAAGAAUUCAUCACCUUUAAUCUUGGUCUCUUGAAGUGGACCUGGGAUGUGGACAAGAUUGACAAUGCGACCAUGGCGACGGACAAUGUCGUCGAUUUAUUGCAGGAGAGAAUGAGGAAACUACCAUCCAACUUGCAGCUCUUGUUGCAGUAUGCCUCUUGCCUCGGGGCGUCGUUCAAAGCUUCCACGCUGCGCCUUAUUUGGGAUCCAAAAGGCAGACGUGUGCAGGAGUCAAAAGACGAAGCUGAUUGCAAUACCGGUAAUAUUGCAUAUAUGCUGGAUUCCUUAGUGAAAGGAAAUUUCAUCGAAAGCUGCGGUAUCCAAGAGUAUCGAUGGGUCCACGACAAGGUGCAAGAGGCUGCCGGAUCGCUCGGCAAUGUGGUAACUGCUUCGUUUCGCCUGAAAGUUGGUAUUGAAUUGUAUAACCUGCUGAGUGCAAAGGAACUGGACGAGCGUCUAUUUGACGUGGCCGACUUAAUCAACCAAGGUGACGCCAAGCCACAUCCAGAACUGGCAGAGAUCAACCUGAGGGCAUCCGACAAGGCGAGGAACAUUUCGGCCUUUCAAAGCGCCGCCAUUUAUGCGGUCAACGGGAUUCGUCUUCUUCCAAAAGGCGAAUUGUGGACAACCCACCGGACGCAAGCGCUGCGGUUGUAUACUGUUGGCGCCGAGUUGAACCUGGCCCUGGGCAAUGCCGAAGAAGCCGAGGCAUACAGCAACGAAGUUUUGAAACGAGAAGAUUGUUCCGUUCUCGAAAAGCUUCCACUGAAGUUGGCCAUGGCCCACAAGCUGAGUUCUAUUGAUUUAAAGUACGAUGAAAUGAUAACGUACUGUUUGGGCGCCCUAAAAGAGCUGGGAUGUAACUUGCGAUGGAAGCUAGUUCCAAAGCUCGUGCAAACAGUGUUUGUCAUGAAGCGCACCUUGGAGGCAGCCAAGAAAGCGCCAGACAAUAUCCGCGACGAAGUGGGCAUUAUGACUGACCCCACACAAUUGGCCAUUGUACAUCUCUUGAGGCGUGUGCAGUACGCAUCGUAUCAAAUUGCAGAUGUACUCUUCGUGUCCAUUGCCUUGUGUGAAAUUGUCAACAUGACUUUGAAGCAUGGGAUCAGUUACGCUUCUGGACCUGGGUUUGCGUGCUUGGCAGGGGCUGCGGUCUGCGUAUUUAAUGAUCUUGAAGCCGCCGAUUUGAUCGGCACGAAAGCACUGGCCGUUCAACAGGCAGUCGGUAAGACGAAUGAAGCGGAUACCCUCCACAAUUCCUAUAUGUUCUCCUUGUCCUGGAGAAGACCAUUUCACACAUGUCUGGACGGCUUUGCCAAAGGCUAUACAGUCGGUAUGCGACGAGGCGAAACGGAGUUUGCAUCCUGGGCCCUGGUGUCGCAUCAAGUUUGGGUCCCGUAUGUAAUGGGAAAGCCUUUGCCUAGUAUUCUAGAGUGCUGCCCGGGAGUGAGGCGACAAUUGGACGAGCUACAACAACAUGACCAAGAAACUCUGUGUCGAAUAUAUUGGCAACUGAUUGCUAAUCUGACACUGCCAUCAGCACAUGCGAAACAACUGGAGGGAGCCGUGUUUAGUAAGCAAGAGUUCACGUCGACUUUGCCCUUGCGUAUUGGAGCGGUACAUCAUGCCGAGGGGGAGCUCUUGCUCUUUUACGGAGACUAUGAGACGCUUGCCAAACGUGCGAUUCGGCUGGGAGACGUGUAUGAAAAGCUGAUACCGGCGAAUUUAGUGAUCAUUCCCGAAACCUUUCAUCGGUGUGUGGCGCUCUAUGCCAUGGCAAGACGCACAAGACAGAAGAAGUAUAUCACUCAUGCCAACAGGGUGCGAAAGAAAAUUGAAAAUUGGCGACAACAAGGGAAUCCGAACGUUGAACACUACUGCAUAUUUUUGAACGCCGAGCAAGCUGCUGUCCGCAAGCGUUACGAUUGUGCCGAGGAUUUGUUCAAGAAGGCGAUUGCCAUGGCUGGACGGACAGGUCAUCUUCACCAUGCUGGCCUGUUCAAUGAGCGAUACGCCGACUUUUUGCUUCAUUCUCGGUCCGAUAAGGAGGAGGCUCGGUACCGCUUGAAAGAGUCAAUACGACAAUACGAAGCGUGGGGAGCACGAGGGGUAGUGCACAACUUGGAGAAGAUCUAUUGUGAAAUCUUGGCCUCUUGAUAAUUGGGGACAAGUCUGAUUCUUUCAGAGAUAUGUUUACAGCUUCCCGACAACGCGUGGUCAAAACUCUCUAGCUUAGAAAUAUUGUUAAACAGGAAAGCGACCUAGCUCGGGGGCGGUUUGUAGGGGGAUGGGCAAAUCUUGCUAUAGCGCGGUAGUGUACUCAACAGGAGUGGCGAAUGUAAGAAAAAGGGGCAAAAAUAGAUUUUUGCAGGAAACAAGAUUCAAUUGGAUUAGAUUGCAUUGGAUUAGAUUGAAUUGGAUUGAAUUGGAUUCAGAAUAGUACUGUUAUUUGUAUAGUAAACUGGAAUUCAAUGCAAUGCAAUCCGAGUCUUCCUCGACUCCCAGCCACCGCCUCAGCCGUCCGCACUCCGGAUGACAUGGGCAGUUCACUAGGACUAUUUAGGGACGACUAAAUACACCUGUGUGUGCAGUGUCGAAACGAUAGUGCUAGAGUUUGGGAAACGGUGCUAUCUAGUGCACCAAUCCAAAACCGUUGGGAUCCAAAACCGUUGGAAGGUGCAAUCUGGUGCACCUAGCCAAAACCGUUGGAAACCGACAUUGAACUGAGUAGCCCCUUAAAAGAAAAGGACGCCAUUGUCCUCUUCGAU